CAGGAUAAACAUCUUUUUAUUUUGUAUACUGAAUAAAUACUGAUUGAUAUCAAGGCUAUUGAUGAGAAUUUUGAUUAAAUAUCUGCGUCAGGAUCUCUACCAACUUAAGUAUUAAAGCAAUGAUAAUAACUUGAAUAAAAAAUGGAUAAACUUACACUUAUCUCUGGGACACUGUUUAUGACUGCAGAUGUCUUUGCAAUAGUAAGCCUUGCAAUGCCAGACUGGAUUAUCACUGAUGUUGGAGGUGAUACUCGUCUGGGAUUAAUGUGGUCAUGUAUAACUCUGUACAACCGUCCACAAGUGUGUUUCACACCAGAUCUGCAGCCGGAAUGGUUGUUAGCUCUAAUCUGUAUAUUCAUUGGAUGUAUUUGCAUAACAACUACAGUAAUACUUUUGGCAUCAAGUCAUUUUGACCGCAAUGUAAUUCCUUAUGCCCGUUGGGUUGGAUUUGCAGCAAUGGUCGUCUUCUGCCUGGCUGCGGUGAUAUUUCCAAUGGGUUUCCAUGUUGAUGAGAUAGGAGGCCAGCCCUACCAGCUACCGAACAGUCACCAAGUUGGGAUAUCGUACAUACUGUUUGUACUGUCAUUGUGGAUAACCGUUAUAUCUGAACUAUUUGCUGGGAAAGUAUGUCUUCCACAUUUUUAAAUAAAGUUGAAUCUCAAUAUUAAAUGUGAUGUUUAAUGAUAGUUAUACUUUAUUUGUUUUGUUAUUAUUAUAAUUAUUUAGUAUAUUACUAAAUUUAUGUAUGGGAAAAGUAUUAUUUACACAUUUAAAUCAAAUGAGAAUAUACAUUCCAUGAAUAUGUAUCCAAUUCGAUUUAACUAGUUCUAAGUUUAUUUCCUUAUUGUAAAGAAAAUUAAAUAAAUAAAAAAUAAAUUCAGUUAUA